AUGCAGUCUCCGCAUCCCCGCCGCAUGCUUAAUGAUGCGAUCCGCGAAAAAUCUCUAUCGCAGCUCAUCGCUGCCAUGGAAAUGAUCAAAGCCGACCCUCGGUUUCUUUGUUCUCUUCAAGAGUUUCUUCCAUCGAUCCUAGGACGUUGUGUCCGACAUGGGAGCAUCGACUUGGUGAGAUAUCUUCUCGAGUGUGAAAAGGCACCUGUCGAGUCUCUUUCACCCCUUGCUGUCGCUGCAAAUACCUCCAUCCCUCUUCUCGAACUGCUCGUGGAUCAUGGCUGGGAUCUCAACAAGGCUGAAGCCCACAGAUUUCUUAAGCGGGGCGAUAAACUAAUCGACCUCGUCUGCGACGAUCAUCAGUUGGUUUGCUGGUUGGUUGAGCAUGGCGCACGGGUCACGGACGGCGAGGUGGACCUCUAUGAGAUCUUCCCACAGCCGGCUCCAUUACUAGAGACGUGCGCUAUCAGGGGCUCUAUUGCAACGUUCCGCUUUCUACAGAGUAAGGGAGCAUUACUGGGCCAUCGGACGCUUCAUCGAGCAGCCGGGGAGGCGGCGUCAUUUGGUGCAAACCCUUUCACUUAUCGAGAAGUCCACGAUGAGAUGACUGAAAAAGAGUCCAGGACAAGAAAGGACCGAACGGAAAUGUUGGUGUUUCUUGUGGAGGAGUUGAAACUGGACAUCAACGCGAUGGACUCUGCUGUGCCAUAUCGCGCUUACCAUUGGGGAACUCCUCUAUGUUAUGCUGCCGCAAAAGAGAAAGGAACUCAUGUAAUAAGGUGGCUGCUUGAGAAGGGAGCUCAGCCUACAGUUGAGGCUGCACAGAAUGUUGCUGACGCAGAGAUGCUGGCGAAGCUGACAGGAUGCACAGAGAAUGAGAGAAUAUUGCGUGAGUGGAAGCAGAUGCACUGA